UUGGCAGUCUUCACUCACUCCCGCCCGGUGUUGCUCUAGUUCAAUAAUUUAUCUCAAAUUACUUUGUUACAGUCACUGACCUCUUGCACUCAUGAAAAGCCACCCUAUGCUCACACCUAUCUUAUACGUCUGCUGCUUAUUCUUCCUUCUUUCCUAUUUAACAAUUGCUACUUCAACACCUCUUUACAAUCCUGUUGAAAAUGUUGUCGUUAACUGUGGCUCCCCUGGCAGCUUGAAGGGGGAUGAUGAUCGUUACUGGAUCGGAGACAAAGGUUCCAAGUUCGCUCCCACUGAAGAGUCUAAUUACAAAUCUAAUACCUCUGUAGCCCAAAGCCAAGUCUCCGUCGGGAUUGUCCCCUACAUGACUGCCCGUUUAUCUUAUUGGCAAUUCACAUACGUGUUUCCGGUCACUCCUGGCCCGAAAUUCGUCCGGUUGUACUUCUACUCCGCUGUUUACUCAGGUUUUGAAAGUUCUAAGGACUUUUUCACUGUCAAAGCAGGUUCGUUCACCUUACUUAGAAACUUCAGUGCUUCCAUUUAUACUGAUUCAUUGGACCAAAAGAAUGUUUAUAAAGAGUUCUGCAUCAAUGUUGAUGAGAAUAAAAAAUUGAACUUAACCUUCAUCCCUUUUACAAGUACUUCUAUGAAUUACCAUGCUUUCAUCAACGGAAUUGAGAUAGUCUCCAUGCCUAUGGACCUGUACUACAAGCCACAAGAUGUCAUUAAAGGUGAAGAAUUCGUCCCAGCUUAUGUCGGCCAACCUAAACCGAUCUACAUAGACUACAGCAUGGCUCUCGAAAUGGUUUAUCGAUUAAACGUGGGUGGAAGCGCGAUACAAGCAAAGGACGACACAGGCAUGUUCAGAAAAUGGUCAGAGGAUAGAGAUUAUUUGUUGUCUGGAGGCUUUGUGCCUCGCGAUCCAUCGUUGAAGCCAAAAUACACAAAAAUACCAAAUUACACUGCACCUGAUGCGGUCUAUCAGUCUGCAAUAUCAAUGGGUCCAGACAGAACCAAGAACAAGCAGUCUAAUUUGACAUGGGGCUUACCUGUUGAUACAGGAUUCAAUUAUCUGGUGAGGCUCCAUUUCUGCGAAAUAGAGUCUGAGAUACAUGCCAGUGGGACAAGGGAAUUCUAUAUCUAUAUAGACUAUCAGCUGGCUGAAGAAAGAGCAGAUGUACUAUUGUGGACUGACGACAACGAUACGCCUUACUACAAGGACUACGUGGUGAUGAUAAAAAACAAGGGUAAUGAUACACAUCUGCUUUCCAUUGAUCUACACUCUAGAUUAGAUGCUGAUUUGAUCGAUGCCAUUUUAAACGGCGUGGAAGUAUUCAAAUUGAGUGACUCAGACAACAAUCUUGCCGGAGCCAAUAUUGCAGCUCCAUUGCUUGAUCAACAACCUUCUGGGGCAUCCAACGAGUCCAAGUCAAAGAAGACAACAAUAUUCAUUGCCAUUGGAAGUGUUUUGGGCUUAUUAGUCGUGCUCACUCUAGUUUGUUGCAUGGUUCUCUGUAAACUGAAGAAGACCAAGCACUAUGGUUCUUACCAUCCAUUAGCGAAGUGGUGGUGGUGGUCUAGGCCAGAUCCCUACAGAAAAGAGUUCUCAAGGAGAACAGCUUCAUCACUGCCUGGAGAACUAUGCCGCUACUUCAGACUAGAUGAAAUUAAAACAGCAACCAACAACUUCAAUGAAGAUCUAAUUAUCGGUGUAGGUGGCUUUGGAAAUGUUUAUAAAGGUAUGAUUGAGCAAGGUAAUAUGAUGGUGGCAAUCAAGCGCAUGAAACAAGAGUCUCGACAAGGUGCUCUUGAGUUUAUGACAGAGAUCAAAAUGCUUUCUCAGCUUCGUCAUGUGCACCUUGUGUCUCUCAUUGGAUAUUGUGAUGAUGAGGGUGAGAUGAUACUUGUUUAUGAGUACAUGGCAAAUGGUACCCUACGCCACCACCUCUAUGACACACCUAACGAUCCCCUCACUUGGAAACAAAGGCUCCAAAUAUGCAUAGGAGCAGCAAGUGGUUUGCACCACCUCCACACAUCUACAAAGCAUCCUAUUAUCCAUCGUGACGUUAAGACAACAAAUAUUCUACUAGACGAGAAAUGGGUAUCCAAGGUGUCGGAUUUCGGAUUGUCCAAAAUGGGUUUGGAUAACACUGCUGUUAGUACCCUAGUAAAAGGGACAUGGGGGUAUUUGGAUCCAGAUUAUGCAAGAUGUCAGCAAUUGACUCAGAAAUCCGAUGUGUACUCAUUUGGUGUAGUGAUGUUUGAAGUGUUGUGUGCCCGAAAGGCACUAAAUCCAAAAAUCCAAGAAGAGCAGCGAAAUUUGGCUAUUUGGGCUCAGAAAUGCAUUGAUAGAGGGACCAUAAGCAAGAUCAUUGAUCCGUAUCUAACGAACAAGAUAGUGCCAGAGUGUUUAAAGGUAUACGUGGAACUUGCAGAAAGUUGUAUAUGUGAUCAUGGAAUCCAACGGCCCACAAUGAAUGAUGUGAUGGAAAAGCUAGAGUUUGCAUUAGAGCUCCAAGAGCAAGCAGAAGCGACCAACGAUACUAAUUCAGAAGUGGUAUCAUUCCGUGUUGCCAAUGCCAAUGGAGAUCCUUGGUACAACAAUUUUUACCAUGGACAGGUGUUGGAGUCGAAUAGUGAAACUAAGUUAAGUACAAUCAGUACUGGAUUAAGUUACCCUAGUCUUGAUUCUGUUAAUUUUAGUAUCACAAGUGAAGAUGUCUCCUCAUGCACUAAAAAUAGUAGUUCUUAAGCUUUGUAAUUAUUGUUUUG